AUAUGUUUGACGCCUACUACAGGUCUUGAAUGAAGACACAAUCCGUGUUUUUUUUCUUUCCCAAGCGUUCUGAAAUUUGGUUUGAAACUCAAUGAAAGAAUGCCUCCAAAAAAUAAGCAGAAGAAAGUGAUACAUCAAGAUGAACUGCGACGGUUAAUGAGAGAGAAACAAAGGCAAACGAUAGAUAAGAAGCGUGUCGAAUCCCCAUAUGCCAAGUACAACAGUCUCGAUCACCUUAGCUGCGUACUCUGCAACGAGCGAGUAAAGAAUGAACUAUUGUGGCAGACUCACAUUCUUGGAAAACAGCACAAGGAGAACGUUUCCGAGCUCAAGGGGUCUAAACAAAGUAAUACAAGUCAAGGACCCCAUCCUUCGCUUAAAAGGAAAGCUUUGGAAUCUGAAGACACGAAUGGGAAGAAGUUUAAACCAGUGGCAGGUACAGAGCAGUUAUCUACGUCAGGGCUACCUGAUGAUUUCUUUGCUAAACCUGCCCCACCGGGGCCGAAGAAACUACCUGGAAUAUUGAAAAAAACGACAUCUGCUAGGCUGAGUCUUUUGGCCGGAGUCUAUGAUGAAGACAGUGAUGAAGAGGAGGCUGGUGACCAGGGGGCAGAUUCUAGCUUGGGUGUGCAGAAGGGGGCACCUGCCCCAGGACUCCCAUCUGAUUUCUUCGACAACAGCACCAUUCCAGCUGUCCCAGCUGCUUCUCAUUCAGGGUCUAUCCUCAAACCAGAUGAAACUGAGAAGAGUGUGGAGAAGAAGGGAAAUACACCUGAAUCGCUACCAGAAGGCUUCUUUGACGACCCAGUGAGAGAUGCCAAAGUCCGUAAUGUCGAUGCUCCCAAAGAUCAAAUGGAUAAGGAGUGGGAAGAGUUCCAAAAGGAAAUGCGGCAGGUGAACACCAAAUCAGAGGCCAUUGUAGCCGAGGAUGACGAGGAGGGUCGUUUUGAGCGUCAGAUUGAUGAAAUCGAUGAGCAAAUUGAAUGUUACCGGAGGGUUGAGGUACUGAGAGAUAAGCAAGAUGUGGUGAAGAAGGUUGUGAAGGAGAAAACAGAAGACCAGGAAGACUCCAGCAGAAGUGAUGAGGAUGAAGAAGAGCUGCUCCACUUGUUGUCAAGGGACUGGAGGGCCAAAGGCGCCCUUGCUUAAAAUUCCCAGGGCCUUUUGAUCAAAAGGUUUCUCCAGAUUAUAAAUAAAAGAGCGAAGUUGCAUAGGAAGCCACUUCUUUUCUCCCUCAAUGUCAAUGACAAACAUUUGUUGAGGAUAUCUAAAAGUGUUGUCUUCUACAGUUUUUAUGUCUAUAUAAAAUGCUUUUGUGGUAAA